UCUGCCUAAAGCAUUUCAAAAGCAUGAUUAAGAAAUUUCAAUGAAUUUCUGAGUUGGUGGGCAUGUUUUAUUUUGGUUAUUUUAGAGUUGUGGUACAAACAAAAUUAUGUAAACUCUGAAGCUUUCUGCUACAGGUUCUGAUCAUCUGCUCUAUGAAGUGUCAAAACUAAAAGUGAUAAAUUUAGACCACCAAAAAUUUCCUUUGGUUCACAUAAAUGAAAAACCACUUGUCUUCCAUGGUCUGAUAAUUGUUUAAAAUGUUUGUCUGCCUUAGCUUGAUUGGAAUGCAGGUAGACGUGUGUUCCAGCAAAUCCUUUCUGGCAUGGCUUGCUGUCGCAGUCAUACGGUGGUAUGCAGAGAUCCAAAGGCUGAAAAUGUGCUGCUUGAUGCACACAUGAAUGCCAAGAGAGCUGACUUUGGUCUGUCAACUAUGAUGUCAGAUGGAGAAUUUUUAAGAAGCAGCUGUGGUUCCCCCAACUAUACUGCACCAGAAGUAAUUUCGGGAAGAAAAACACACAGCAAGACUUAAACUGCAAGCUUUAAGCACGUAAACUGUGAAAUAUCGUGGCACCGAAGGAAAACCACAAGCUUGUCAGCAUUUACAGGUCAGGGGUGAUGGUGGUUGCCCACCAGGAGGACAUCUGGUGACACCACCUGGAGGACAUCUGACAUCACAAUGACAGGAGCUUUCCUUAGUCCACCUGUGCCCAGUCCUGCCACACUUCCCCAAAGGGCAGUGGAGGAGGAACAGGGGAAGACAUUUCCUAGUCAGAAUCACAGCCAAAAUGAUGAAGUAUCCCUUCGUCAGAUUCCCAGCACUGAAUGUGCUCAGCCUGGCAGAAGUCAUAAGAGUUUGGGACACUGUGUCUGAGUACAUGCUGCAGCAGAUUGCACUGAACAAGGGUGUGGCAAUAGAUGGCCUUGGUGUUUUCUACGUCCUGAGACAGCACUACAGUAAAUUGAACGGGGAUGUGCUUGCACCGAAAUUUCGUCUGUUGGAGGGAGUUAUGCAGGCUCAGAGGAUCAGCCAUGCCAACAGAGACAUUCCUGAUGAUCUCCAAGUCGUCCCCCUGGACUAUUCCCAGCUCUCCCUGAAGACAACUGUUCCUGAGAAGAUGGUGGAGGAAUGUGUGAAUGACCUGGUGGUGCUUUUCACCUGGGGUGCAGGGCUCGGAGAAGAUUAUGACCUUGUUUUCAAGGGCAUCGGUAUCCUUAGGAGCCGAGAUAAGAUCCUCAGAAUGACCUACUACAAAGACUUUCUUCUUGCCAUCGAUGGCACUGGAACAGUGUUGAACUGCAUGCUCUCUAACCCACUUACGCGGAUUAAUGUGAUAUCAGACGAUGACUCUUCUGCUUUCCACAUGAGUCCUCAGGGGAUUCGUGUGCUGCCCAUGUUUGAGAUUAAGCUCCCCCCUGGAAGAACAGCUGAAGACUUUUUUCCCAUGAAGGGAUCUGGGAACAAACAAGGAACCCCUGGUAGCCGGUGUCAACAUCCUCAAAUGAGGCAUUCACCAGGCAAAUUGACAAGAGCCAGGAAGGCAAAAGGGAAAAAAGAGAGUACAAAGAGUGAAGAGUUUCACCAGCUGUUACCCACUUGGAAGUUCCAGUUGGAACAGCAGGAAGACAUGGCUGAGGAGAGAGAGAAAGGGAGUCAUCCCGAAGACAGUGUUCCUACUGGAAGGAAAUUUUCCGUCAGGACGUUGCCCGUCCUGAAGCCUGAAGAGAAGGUGGAGGCACGCUUCGAAGUUAAGCCCCCAGAAAGGUCAGAGUUAUCACAGGUGCCUCCUCUGACACCGAGGCCUCCUGAGAUGUCUCUGGGAAAGCCUGAUGAACAAGGCAGAGGGAGCCAUCCCAAAGACAGUCUUCGUAAGGGAAGAAAGUUUUCUGUCAGAACGUUACCCGUCCAGAAGCCUGAAGAGAAGGUGGAGGCACGCUUCGAAGUUAAACCCCCAGAAAGGUCAGAGUUAUCACAGGUGCCUCCUCUGACACCAAGGCCGUCUGAGAUGUCUGCAGGAAAGCCUGAUGAACAAGGGAGAGGUAAGGGGAGGGAGAAAGAAGACAAAGUAAUGCAUGGGUCCUGA